AUGAAUGACACGAUUGAUGAUUUAGAAAAAAGGCUCGACGAGCUCACAAAAAUAAGGGUAUUCGACGACGAUGUGAGGCGCGGUGUCGACCUCAUCGUUGAAUCGAUGCCCAACCCCGAUCAGGAAAGGGACCCGGCGAUGAAAGUCCGACUCCUCAUCCUGCGCUGCAAGGCACUCACGCUGCUGCCCGUUUUCUCGAUGGAGGCGGAGCGAGACUGCACGGCGGCGUUGAAGCUUCAGCAUGAGAAGCCGGAACUGUGGGUGAUCCUCAGCGAGUGUCUCGCGCGGCGCAAGGCGGACCGCGAGGCAUGUGACGCGUUGGACAACGCCCUGCGCAUAGAUGCUCAUAAUGUUAAUGCUCUCUGCCAGUACAGUCGACUUCUUCGAAGCAUUUCCAGCGACCCCAAGUUGACUCCAGCGGAGCGUCGGCAACACCUUUGCGACGCGGUGAUGCGUGGGAAAGCUGCUGUGACUGCGUGUCCCACAGAUGAAGAAGGUUGGCACUGCUACUCAAUCGCCUUGCUAUCUGAGGCGCUGGCAGACGGUGUUGAUAUCGCCGGGGUGCAGAAGGCGUUGCAGGCCAUGCGACAGGCCGCGCGAAUCUCUCCAUCAGACCCCGACGUGCGGUUCAAUAAGGGCGCCAUCGAGGGACUCUUGGGGAACUUUGGCGUCGCCGCAUGCGAUUACCUCGCUGCGUACGAGGCAGACCCGCGACGCCUGAAAGGGACGAAGCAGUUGCUGGAGGAUCAUCUUGCAGUUCUUCGGCGGGCGCAGUCGCGGAUUGAGGGUGCGCGGCAGGCGGGCAAGCGCGUCUUCGCGUCUCUACUGGCGAAGUUGCCCUCGACGCUCGACAAUGCAACAAUGAAGGCGGUGCUAGAGGGAGGUGCAGAGACGCCGUGCCGCGUAACGGUCGGGGUGGUGGACGUCUUGAGUGAGCCAACAAUGGAGCCACUAGUUGUAUUGUCGGCUGAAAAGUCUGGAGAUUACGUCUUGCUGCUUUUUUAUGGGUUGCAACGUAGUGCGUUAAAGAUCAGCGACACAACCAUAACACUAAUAUUCCCAGGCAGUAGACCUGUUCGCGUGCAACAUCAUGUGCCAGCUAUUCCGUUGUUGGAGAGCAGCGCUCACUCUUGUACGUACACGCAGGUGCACGUUGACCUCAAGACAACGCUUGUUAAUGGAACACCAAUCCCUUCACGCAUGCUUGCCUCACCAAAAGUAUCAUCUCGCCUAUUCGUUUGA